ACCCCAUUCCUAUGCAGCUUUGGCAUUCAUGGGAUUGAACUGCGAUCACCACUUACCCUUUGCACCCUUCAAACACCCCCACAAUUCUGCAACUUUUUCUGCAGAUUCUCACUCCAUAUCCUCUUUUGGCUGAACUGGGUAUGUCAAUGAGGCUCUUCCACUUUCCACUUUGCUCCUCAACUGGUUAAUCAAAAGAUGGAGCGCCCCAGGCUAAACAUGAGAGCCCGUUGCUCUGGUUCAACUCCCUCAGAAGAGUCUGCUUUGGAUCUUGAAAGAAACUGUUGCGGUCAUUCUAAUCUGCCUUCACUGAGUCCACCAACGCUUCAACCCUUUGCUUCAGCUGGACAGCAUUGUGAGAGCAGUGCUGCUUAUUUUUCAUGGCCUAGCCGAUUGAAUGAUGAUGCUGAAGAGAGAGCAAACUAUUUUAUAAAUUUACAAAAGGGGGUGUUACCUGAAACCCUUGGUCGGCUGCCAAAGGGGCAUCAGGCAACCACAUUGCUUGAACUCAUGACAAUCAGGGCAUUUCACAGCAAGAUUCUGCGUUGUUACAGCCUUGGAACAGCGAUUGGUUUUCGCAUCCGGCGAGGUGUAUUAACAGAUAUUCCCGCCAUUCUAGUGUUUGUUUCCAGGAAAGUUCACAAGCAAUGGCUCAGCCCAAUCCAGUGUCUACCUACUGCUCUUGAGGGGCCGGGUGGAGUGUGGUGUGAUGUGGAUGUGGUGGAAUUCUCGUAUUUUGGUGCACCUGAGCCGGUUCCAAAAGAACAGCUCUACACCGAGAUUGUAGAUGACUUACGUGGGGGUGAUCCAUGCAUUGGUUCAGGAUCUCAGGUUGCUAGCCAGGAGACAUAUGGAACUUUGGGUGCCAUCGUGAAGAGCCAAACAGGUAGUCGGCAAGUUGGUUUUCUCACAAAUCGUCAUGUAGCAGUCGACCUAGAUUAUCCAAACCAAAAGAUGUUUCAUCCUCUUCCCCCUACAUUGGGGCCUGGGGUUUAUCUUGGCGCAGUAGAAAGAGCAACUUCAUUUAUAACGGAUGAGCGUUGGUAUGGCAUAUUUGCUGGCAUAAACCCAGAGACUUUUGUGAGAGCUGAUGGUGCAUUCAUUCCCUUUGCUGAUGACUUUGACAUGUCCACUGUUACUACUUCAGUAAGAGGGGUUGGAGAUAUUGGUGAUGUGAAAAUUAUUGACCUACAGGCUCCUAUUAGUAGCCUUAUCGGGAAACAGGUAGUUAAGGUUGGAAGAAGCUCCGGCUUGACUACAGGAAUUGUUUUGGCUUAUGCCCUGGAGUACAACGAUGAGAAAGGUAUAUGCUUUCUAACAGAUUUUCUUGUGGUUGGUGAGAACCAACAAACUUUUGACCUUGAAGGAGAUAGUGGAAGUCUCAUCAUGUUAAAAGGUGACAAUGGUGAGAAACCACAACCAAUUGGGAUAAUAUGGGGAGGAACUGCUAACAGGGGCCGCCUUAAGUUGAAAGUUGGGCAACCUCCUGAGAAUUGGACUAGUGGGGUGGAUCUGGGGCGUCUUCUCAAUCUACUUGAACUUGAUUUGAUAACAACAGAUGAAGGACUUAGAGUAGCAGUGCAAGAACAAAGAACUGCCUCAGCCACAGUAAUUGGCUCUACCGUUGGCGAUUCCUCAACUCCUGAUGGGGUACUUCCAAAAGAUAAAGCUGAAGACAAAUAUGAGCCACUUGGUCUUCAAAUUCAGUCUAUUCCCUUAGGUGUUGUGCCAAGCAGCCAAGACAUGAAGCCAUCAAUUAUGGAGACUGAAUUUAAAUUAGAAGAUGGAAUCAAGGCUGGUCCUAGUAUCGAACACCAGUUUAUACCGAGCUUCAAUGGGCGUUCUCCAUUGCACAAAAACAACAUACAGGACAGAGCUGCAACAGAGAACUUGUCUUUGUUGAGGAAUGACUGCGAUGAAGAUUUGUGUGUUUCGCUGCAGCUGGGUGAUAACGAAGCAAAGAGAAGGCGCUCUGAAGCCUCAACUAGUACUGAGGAACCUCAAUGAAACAGAUUAUUUGCAUAAGCUGGAGCAACUGACUUGUUUUAAGUUUAAUCACCCCAGAAUGUGUUGUUUAUGGCCACUGUGAUAGUGAUACUGUAUUUAUGCUUAGCAGCUAUGACAAUGAGCAAUGUUGUGAGUGGUGUUCACAUUGUCCAAGAAGCUCAAGUAAAUUUGUGGUCUUCGAGGGCCAUUCAGUUCCUAAAGUAUGUCACUUUUUCAGUAAACAUAUGAAGACGACUUUGCCUAUUACCUGAUAGAUCACAUCACAUGGCACUGAACAUUGUUUAUACUGGGAUGAACUGAUGCCAUGAGUUUAAUUUGCUUU